AACACUAGUAGGGAAAUUAUUUUUAAACAGCAACAACUCUAUUUCGCGUCUGUUUUAAUUUUCUUGUUUGUCUAAGCACUAGGUGCAAUUUAAAAGUGCUUGUUAUACUAACUAAGUUGACCAUUUAAGCAGCAAAAUGACGAAAAACCGAGUUUACGUUGUCGGUGUGGGCAUGACCAAGUUCGAGAAGCCCGGUCGCAGAGCGGAAGUUUGUUACCCAGAUUUUGCAAAGGAAGCUAUUACCAAGGCUUUAAAUGAUGCGGGGAUCAAGUUCGAGGAAGUGCAGCAGGCGGUGGCUGGCUAUGUCUACGGAGACUCCACCUGCGGUCAGCGCGCCAUUUACGAAGUGGGUAUGACAGGUAUCCCCGUUUACAAUGUAAAUAACAACUGCUCCACGGGAUCGAGUGCUCUUUACCUGGCUAAGCAGAUUAUCGAGAGCGGAAACACGGACUGCGUGCUGGCAUUAGGUUUUGAAAAAAUGGAACGAGGAUCCCUCUCUUCAAAGUACUUCGACCGUGCUAAUCCCAUGGAGCGCCACAUCACCGAGAUGAGCGAACUGACCGAAAUCGGACCCGGACCAAUGGCUGCCCAAAUCUUUGGCAACGCUGGCAAGGAGCACAUGAAGAAAUACGGGACUAAACCCGAGCAUUUCGGAAAAAUUGCGUGGAAGAACCAUAAGCACUCCGUUAAUAAUCCCUACUCGCAAUUCCGCGAUGAGUAUACCCUGGAGCAGAUUAUGAAGUCGCCACAAGUGGUGGAAGGCGUUCUGACCAAGCUUCAGUGUUGCCCCACCUCCGAUGGUUCUGGAGCAGCCAUACUGGCAUCCGAGGCGUUCGUCCGACGUCACGGAUUGGAGAAACAAGCCGUGGAGAUCGUGGGCAUGGAGAUGGCCAGUGACCCGGAAUCAACGUUUGCCGACAAGAGCCUUAUGAAGAUUGCAGGCUACGACAUGACCCGCCUGGCUAGCCAAAGACUGUUUGCGAAGAGUGGCUAUAAGCCUCAGGAUGUACAGGUAGUGGAGCUGCACGAUUGUUUCUCUGCAAAUGAGCUUGUUACUUACGAGGCUCUUGGGUUAUGUGGAGAGGGCGAGGCUGGAGCCUUUAUCGACCGAGGAGACAAUACCUACGGUGGAAAGUUUGUGGUCAACCCCAGUGGAGGUCUUAUUUCGAAGGGACAUCCCCUUGGAGCCACUGGUCUAGCUCAGUGUGCCGAGCUCUGUUGGCAGCUACGGGGUUUAGCAGAGAAGCGUCAAGUGGCCAACGCCCAAUUGGCUCUGCAACACAACCUUGGUCUUGGUGGAGCUGUCGUAGUAGCGUUAUAUAGGCUGGGCUUUCCCGCUGCCAACAGUGUGCUGCGUAAUCUGACGGCUGCCACCAAGGCUGCCACUAGUGAAGAAGGUUUCAAGGUAGCACCACUUUUAAAGCUAUUGGAGCAAGCGAUGCAGGAGGACAAAGACAAUCUUAUUGAGAAGGUGCGUGCUAUAUACGGCUUUAAGGUGAACAACGGCCCCAACGGUCAGACAGGAUUUUGGGUAAUUGAUGCAAAGCAAGGCAAGGGCAAGAUCAUCUUUAACGGAACUCAAAAAUGCGAUGUUACCUUUAUAAUUAGCGAUGAUGAUGUCUUCGAACUGCUCACUGGCAAGCUCCCGCCGCAAAAAGCCUUUUUUCAGGGUAAGAUCAAGAUUCAAGGCAACAUGGGUUUUGCUAUGAAACUGAUGGAUCUCCAACGCUCAGCUCAGGGAAGAAUUGAAGAGCUGAGGUCGAAGCUGUAGAUCGUUAUGGUCUUGUAUAUUUUUAUGGCCCUGGACAGGUUAAAUAACAUUUUUAUGCAGCAUUCUUACUAUAUUUGUAUUCAUGACAGAAAGUGGAAAGAUACGAAUAAAGAUACGUUUUUGGUUUUUUUAUUAUUCCUCAAAUAAAUUUUACCAUGUUAUGAAUUAAAAUGUAAAAGUACGAAGUA